AGUUUCUUGGCUAUAUAUUAGCGUCAUCAAUAUCUAGAGAGGAAGAUGAGACUCCCAUGAGACCCAUGCUUUGCCUCAAUAGCAAGAGUAGCGUAGAUAUCAAAAGCAUCGAAGAAGUGGAGGACUGCUUCAUCUUGGACUUCGACCCAUUUGAGUCCAUCGACCUUACCAAGCUCUCCUUAAACAUUAAUCCAUCUGAUGCUUUUGCUGCUUCUGAUGGCACUAGUGAUCUCUGUGUCAUUGCAGAAAAGGGCCAGGUGGCUUGUAGAGAUUAUCUGCAUUCAAGGCAUCUUUGUGUGGACUUUCCCUUUGAGACAACUCCUCAUGAGAACAACUGUAAGCUGUGUUUUUGUUACGUUUGCGAUUCUGCAACCCCAUGCAAGUAUUGGAAAAAUCUCCAGCUAACACAUUGCAAUGCUUCAAAGCAUGUUGGAGAUUGGACAUACCAAAGGAAGUUGAGGAAACAUACAUCAGCUGAGUUCAAAUAAAAUUGUUCUUGAUUAUUUGUGCCGUACCUCAGUUAAUGGUACAUUACAGAGUAAUAUUAUUUUGUUACUAGGCUGUCAAAAGGAUGCUUAGAAUUUAACCUCUGGGUACUUUAGGUAGGUUUAUGAUUCAUAUAGAAGUAAUCCUUCAAGGCAGAACAUGAGAGUUUUGGGAUGUUCAUUGACAUGUAGAUAUUCUUAGAUAUAUAAGAUGGAGAGAUUUAGUGCCAAAUGAAAGAAAUCCAUUCAGUUCAUUUUUUCAGUGAUUGGAAUAUUUAUGGUCUGCACU